AAUUAAUGAAGUCCUGCAAGAGACUGUUUCUAUCACCCAUCUCUUGAGCUCAUCUCUUUUCGACAAUCUUUCAACGGCGUAUCUGUCAUCAUGGCGAGCGACGGCGACUGGACAUGCGACGCCAACGACGCCCUCCACCUAUCUAUAGUCCAACCUGCCGAGGAAGCGAAGCUUAAGACUCUCUCCAGCUUUCAACCUCAAUUCACAUAUCCCAUCUUCGGAGAUGAAGAGCAAAUUUUCGGCUACAAAGGCCUAAUUAUCCGCAUGCGAUUUGCCGCCCACGACCUUCGCCCGCAUAUUCACAUUUCUUACGAUGAGAAAUUCAAGCCGGUGGGAGAUGUCGCGCCCGUUGAUCUACUGAAGACUCUGAAACCAUGGAUUUCUGAAGAGGCAUUCAUUGUGCUCCCCGAUUACGAGAAGGCAAUUCUGGAGGACCAAGACGCCAAGGACUUUGUACCUCCAGGCAAACUCGUUCACAGCUACAUCACCCAACAGAGAAAAUAUGAGGUUUGGGCAGGAUCCUUAGCCAAUCCAGAAGUUCGGCAACUAUUGAAUCGUGCGCAAAUCUUUGUUUCACUUUUCAUUGAAGCCGGAACACCGCUUGUCACGGAUGACCCUGAAUGGACGCUAGAGAGGUGGACCGUCUACUUUGUAUAUGAGAAGGUUCAGCCACCGGUGCCCACUGCUUCACAGUAUUCCAUUGUCGGAUAUGCAACAACAUAUCGCUGGUGGUUCUAUCAAAGGGACAAGUCCCAGAAACCCGCAAUUCAAGAUAGCCCGUUCCCCCCGCCUGAGGUGAUAAGACCUGCUCAGCUUCCGUCGCGCUUGCGGAUUGCUCAAUUCCUGAUACUUCCCCCUCAUCAAGGCUCCGGCCACGGCAUUCAUCUGUACACGACUAUUCAUAAUGCCUGCAUCAGUGACCCGACGAUCUCGGAAUUGACAGUUGAGGACCCGAAUGAGGCUUUUGACGCCCUUCGCGACACCGCAGACUAUCACAUCCUGCGCCCGGAGUUCCAAAAGCACGCAUUGAACAUAAAUCCGGAUCCUUAUGGAGUACCGGCAAGGAAGCCCCGUCCUCGACGCGUGCCCACAUCUGCCCUCAUCCCAACCAAGCUGCUUCAUGAAAUUCGCUCGUCAUUCAAGAUUGACUCGACUCAAUUUGCUCAUAUUUUGGAGAUGUAUCUUUUGAACCAAAUCCCUCUCAAGAAACGGUCGGCUGGCGGGACCAACAUGGCCCGACUCUUGGUCAAAAAGCACAAUGCAGAUGACCCCGAUGAUCGGCGGUACUACUGGUGGCGCAUGCUCACCAAACAGCGUCUUUACAAACGCUCUCGGGAUCUCUUGAUCCAGCUGGAUUCGAGCGAUCGUAUCGAGAAAUUGGAGGAGACGGUCACCAAUGUCGAGGAAGGUUAUGAAGCCCUGCUCAAAGCAUUCAACGCUCGCGAAGACGAAUUGAAAGCUAGGGAGGAAGAGCUGGGUGACGCAGCAACCGCAGAGUCGACUGUUGUGCUGGAUGAAUCUAGCGGGAGCUCCAGGGAACAGCGUAAUAAGCGAAAGCUCACGGUGGAAGAUGAUGAGGAUGAGGAGGAGGGGGAGGAGACGGAGUCGCCAAACAAGCGCCCGAAGGCGUAAACAGCGGAGCGUCUGCGCACGACUGGAUAUCUGGUCGAUACAUGCGCAACAAAGUCAAUGUACCAAUAAGCUUUAUGAUCCAUCCAAAACCAUUUAUGCAAUGUGCUAUUGCC